AUGGGCCAGGUGACGUCACAGGAUGCUGAGGCCCUUGAGUCUGCUUAUGCUUGCGUCAAAUCGAUUAUCCGCUCUCAGAGUGUGCAGCUCGAUAUCGGGAAAGAACGCGCUACAUGCACGCUGCGUGCGGAGAUCCAGGUUCCGUCUAAUCCGUGUGCCAGUGCAUGGCGCCUGUGGACGGGGAGCGAGACGUCUGCCUCUUUUAUGGAUAGCCAGAUCGAUGCUCCUCAGUGUGAUCGGAAACCAUAUGUUGUAUCGCAUGAUGGUGGUAUUUUCUUGAUCGUUCCUCCUACACGAACUUUUGAGCCAAGCACCUUUUCUCUCACGUUGUAUAUCCAGACACCUCUGGCUCCUCACCAGCCAACAGCUCCAUGGGCGGUUCAGAUUCCGGUACUGCGCUGUUCGCGCAAUACAUUUUCUUGCACAUUUUAUGGGUAUGAUGCAAAACCCAUGGUCCAUAUCACGAAUCCCCCCUUACACGCCAAUGUUCAUUCCUCCGACUCUGAAGCAAAAGCUGCUACUAACACAAACCAUCUACACGGAACAUUUCCUGAAGCAGACGUUUUCGGGAUGGAAUGGAUGUAUGAAUCCGAUGUGUGCACCAAUGAUCUGCAUUCUUCAUCAGCUCAAGUCAAUUAUAUGACCGAUGCCUAUGUCAUGCUUCUAUGGUCGGAAUCACACAUGUCCUACAUGCCUUUUGCUGUCGUGGAUAUGAACAUUCAUAUUUCUUUAUUCUCCCCAUACAUACAGGACUUGUCGCACGAUGCGCGACUGCGAGUCCGUGCUGAUACGAAUGAUCCCGCUAUAGCGUGGGACAUCUUGACUGUCCGCAGUAACUCGACUCCUAUUACUCUGGAUUCUUUACCGUCUUUCUUAGGCGUAGACGCUCACAAUAUGUCGGCUCUUUCGGCAGGUGAUGCUGCGUUGUCUGAGAAGUUGUCGUCUCACUCGGUGCAAGAACCGCAUUCACGAACCCUUGCCUUGUCUGUAAAUCGGCAACUCGUCUGUGGUGCAUUCGGUUCGCCGCCGACGCAUGCCAUGCGUUUACUUGUCCGAGGGCGUAUCUCCGUUCCUAUGGAAAAUCGGUCCAAUGCACCCAGCAUUGUAUUACCUAGCGUCCACUUACCGUUGGAUCACGUUUCACAUUCACACACUAUUCGGCACGCUGUGAAUUCCCAGGUUGAUCGUUCUUAUGCUAUUGAGAUCGUCGAACCAUUGACACAAAGUCCCGAGUUGCGCAACGUUAGUGCAGAUCAUGCGAGAAUUGUGCAUGCAGAGCAUUGUGUCAUUCGUUUCUUGCCGAAGCCUACGUCUGAUUUGAUUUCGCCAAUGCCGUUGAGCUUGAACAACCUCUCGGUCCUCCAUCAAGUGUAUUUGCAACCUGAACAUACCAAAUGUAUGCAUCGACUCUUACUUCGCACAAAUACAUUAGCUCCUGGCACGUAUGCCGUUUGUAUUUUGCCAAACCUUCCACAUGUCCUCAAAGCGUUGGAGCAUGAGCACGCCGUGCAUCUAUACGAGGCACCAUCCCUACAACUUCAGGAGACGACUCCUAGGUUCCAGCAUGUCGAGAAUACAACAAAUUCUGCGCUCGCGUGUCGAAACAGCAUCUGUAUGGUCGUGGAUGAGCCUCAGUCUGCUCAUGUCGUCGUGCAGUAUGAGACUCCUCUCUGCUCAAAUGGAUUGAACGGAUACAACAUUAUGCGGCCGCUUUUUCUUGAUCACGUAUCUACCUAUAAACUGCAUAUACUGGAUGCAAAGAAGCGCCAUGUUCUAUGGAAUGAUGUGUCUGGUGCAUGUAAAGUAAGCGGUGACGAUGUUCCAUCUGUGACAUGGCUCGAUAUGCCCCGCCGUACGGCCAAAGCAGUAUCUUUCACUUGGGCGGAAGCGCCAAAGCCGCGACCAAUAUCGAUCAUACACAUCGUGUCCACUUUGUGUUGCUUUAGUAUGGCUGUGGCUCUUAUGGCCUUGCUCUGGGCUCGUGCCGCCCACAUGGAAUCCCAGAAACUGCACAUCCGUGUGGAAGCACUGGCCAUGGCUCUCGACAUCGACUUUUCCGAUGGGCAAUGGAAACCACUUCCUGCUUCCUCGCUUGCGGCUUCUCCAACACCCACGUCUCACCCUUCAUGGAUCGAACGGUUACAGGCGCGUCUUUAG